AUGCAUGUACCGCAGCAUAUUACAGUUGCCGGGGAUGCUGAUCAGGAACAUACAAGACAACAUUUUAGCAAUGCUGAUAAGUAUGCUUAUCAGAUGAAUGUGCCAGAAAGGAUUCUCGUUACUGGAGGCAAUGAAACACGUGCUGAUCGUGCGCCACCAUCCGAAGUAAUACUUGACCGUAUGGCUCUCUUUUAUCCAACUGCCCAGUUAGCUACUCCGCCGAGAACACUGACGCUUGAUAAAGGACCGUGUCCGGAAAUUGCUGGCGAUACUCCUUCUCCUAAGGAUACGCCUCCCUUACAGGAACUUUCAUCAUCACUAGCGGUAGAGCAGAAUCCUCUGCGUGAAUUGAAAUUAAUGAGGCGACAGUUAGGACGUUUGUCGACACGUUUGUAUCAGUUAGAAGAUGACUUCGAACGUAGAAAAACUAAGGAAUCUUUGCUGUGGACAUGUGUGCUAAGUAUUACUGGUUUAUUUUUGUACUUAUUUUUCAAGAAAAAGGUUUAG